AGCUUAGCUGUCAAUUUCAAAUAUUCGAAUUGAGUAAAAACGGUCAACUCAUGUAUAUUUAUUCCUUGGUUGUGUACACACUUGUUUGCCAUUCUCUGGGAAAUGCCGUCAGCCAGGGGAAUGGUAAAGAGAGCAGGGCAGUAAACAACUUAAGUGAAAAUAAUUGAUAACACCUUACGACGUAACCGAUUCGGAAAUUUUCCACAGCCGGCGGCCCGUUUCAAUGUCAACUCUAUUUAAUAUCAUAAGACGCAGCAUUGUGAUCGCCAACCAUCAGCAGCUACGCAGGAUGUCCGUCCAGGAGAGGAGGGAUCAAAAUGCGACCAUUGCUGUGGGCCAGAUGUGCUCCACCAGCGACAAGGCAGCUAAUCUUAGCCAGGUGAUAGAGCUAGUGACUAGGGCCAAGUCCAAGAACGCCUGCAUGCUCUUUCUGCCCGAGUGCUGUGACUUUGUGGGCGAGAGCCGGACGCAAACUCUGGAGCUCUCUGAGGGUUUGGACGGCGAGUUAAUGGCGCAGUAUCGGGAAUUGGCGAAGUGCAAUAAAAUUUGGAUUUCGCUGGGUGGCGUGCACGAGCGGAACGAUCAAAAAAUCUACAACGCGCAUGUUUUGUUAAACGAGAAAGGGGAGCUGGCAGCAGUAUACAGGAAGCUGCACAUGUUUGAUGCAACGACGAAAGAGAUUCGCCUGCGCGAAUCUGACACAGUUACGCCGGGCCCCUGCCUUGAGCGCCCAGUGAGCACUCCCGUUGGCCAGCUAGGACUUCAGAUUUGUUACGACCUGCGGUUUGCUGAACCGGCGGUUCUACUCAGGAAGCUGGGUGCCAAUAUGCUAACAUACCCAGCCGCAUUCACAUACGCAACCGGUAAGGCGCACUGGGAAAUCCUGCUGCGUGCCAGGGCCAUAGAGACUCAAUGCUUUGUGGUCGCCGCGGCUCAGAUGGGUUGGCACAACCAAAAGCGACAGAGUUGGGGCCACAGCAUGAUCGUCAGCCCCUGGGGAAAAAUAAUGGCUGACUGCGGCGAGCAGGAGCUUGACAUAGGCACGGCCGAAGUGGACCUUUCCGUGCUUCAAUCUCUGUAUCAGACCAUGCCCUGCUUCGAGCACAGACGAAACGACAUCUACGCCCUAACAGCCUACAACAUUCGCAGCAAAGAACCCACCCAGGAUCGCCCAUUUGCCACUAAUAUCGUAGACAGGCGCACGAUUUUUUAUGAGUCUGAACACUGCUUCGCAUUCACCAACCUACGCUGUGUUGUAAAGGGUCACGUCCUGGUGUCCACUAAACGAGUGACUCCACGCCUUUGUGGCCUCGACUGUGCCGAAAUGGCGGAUAUGUUCACCACUGUGUGUCUGGUGCAAAGAGUGCUGGAGAAGAUUUACCAGACAACUUCUGCCACCGUCACUGUGCAAGAUGGUGCACAGGCGGGACAAACUGUUCCACACGUACACUUCCAUGUGAUGCCCCGCCGUCUGGGAGACUUUGGGCACAAUGACCAGAUCUACGUGAAACUAGAUGAACGCGCCGAGGAAAAGCCUCCGCGCACCAUCGAGGAAAGGAUCGAGGAGGCGAAAGUGUAUCGCAAAUUUCUACUGGACAUUAGCUAGCCCCAACCCUUUCCCUGCCAUGUGAUUUAUUAGAACAUAUAAUAAAGAGAUUAUCGAUCGGCCAUAUCGGAAUGGUUCAGAUGUGGGAAGCGAUUCAUCUG